GCUGUAGUUCAGCGUGUGUCCCUGUCGGUCAGUUGACCUGUCAUUUGUUUUGUCUUUGGGUCCCACCUGAGUGUCAGCAUGUCCCGCUGUCUCGCGCUGGCUCGGUUCGCUCUCGGUUCCUCUCAGAGGGCCAGCUCGCGGCUGGUGUCAUCUACACGCGGGCUGAGCAGCCGACCUGUCUCGCGCUCCUUGACUGGAGGUUUGUCGGUUGGACAGCUGCAGAGGUGGAGCAGUCGCCCCAGGGUGUGGAGUUCGCAGCAGGCCUGCCUUGGCUUUAGCCCACAGUAUUAUUACAGCACCCAGGAGGCAGAGAAAGAGCCAGAGGAGGAGCCUCUGCACAAUAUCAUCAGUGAUACAGAAGCUGUGCAAGGUAGUUUCCACAAACAUGAGUUUCAGGCUGAAACCAAAAAGCUGCUGGAUAUUGUCGCCAGGUCCCUGUACUCAGAGAAAGAGGUCUUCAUCAGGGAGCUCAUCUCUAACGGCAGCGACGCACUGGAAAAACUGCGCCACAAAUUGAUAUCAGCAGGUGGUGAAACGGCUCCAAUGGAGAUCCACCUGCAGAGUGAUGCAGCAAAGGGCACCUUCACCAUUCAGGACACAGGAAUCGGCAUGAACAAGGAUGAGCUGGUGUCUAACUUGGGCACUAUCGCCCGCUCUGGUUCUAAGGCGUUUUUGGACGCUCUUCAGAACCAGGCGGAGGCCAGCAGCACCAUCAUUGGUCAGUUUGGUGUUGGAUUCUACUCCGCCUUCAUGGUGUCCGACCGCGUGGACGUGUACACUCGCUCGUCUGAGCCCGAUGCACCUGGAUACAAGUGGUCCUCAGAUGGCUCUGGGGUUUUUGAGAUUGCUGAAGCCACCGGCGUUCAACAAGGAACAAAAAUCGUGCUCCACCUCAAAGACGACUGCAAGGAGUUUUCCUCUGAGGACAGAGUUAAAGAGGUUGUAACAAAGUACAGCAACUUUGUAAGCUUCCCCAUCUUUCUGAAUGGACGGAGGCUCAACACUCUGCAGGCCUUGUGGAUGAUGGAGCCGAAGGAGAUCAGUGACUGGCAGCAAGAGGAGUUCUACCGCUACGUCGCUCAGGCUUACGACAAGCCACGCUACACUCUGCACUACCGCGCCGACGCCCCGCUUAACAUCAGGAGCAUCUUUUAUGUCCCUGAAGCGAAGCCAUCCAUGUUCGAUGUGAGCAGGGAGAUGGGGUCCAGCGUGGCUCUGUACAGCAGGAAGGUCCUGAUUCAGACCAAAGCUACUGACAUUUUGCCCAAGUGGCUGCGCUUCCUUCGAGGUGUGGUGGACAGCGAGGACAUCCCUCUGAAUCUGAGCAGAGAGCUGCUGCAGGAGAGCGCCCUCAUCAGGAAGCUUCGUGAUGUUCUGCAGCAGAGGGUGAUCCGCUUCCUGCUGGACCAGAGCAAAAAGGAGCCAGAGAAGUACAGCAAGUUCUUUGAGGACUACGGCCUCUUCAUGAGGGAAGGCAUCGUCACCACACAGGAACAAGAUGUCAAGGAGGAUAUCGCAAAGCUGCUGAGAUUCGAGUCGUCGGCUUUGCCGGCCGGGCAGCAGACCAAUCUGAUGGAGUACGCGUCCCGCAUGAAGGCAGGCACGCGUAACAUCCACUACCUGUGUGCCCCCAACAGACAUCUCGCAGAGCACUCCCCCUACUACGAAGCCAUGAAGCAGAAGGACAUGGAGGUGCUCUUCUGCUACGAGCAGUUUGAUGAGCUGACCCUGCUGCAUCUCAGAGAGUUUGACAAGAAGAAGCUGAUCUCAGUCGAGACCGACAUCGUGGUCGAUCACUACAAGGAGGAGAAGUAUGAAGACAGCAAGCCAGCAUCCGAGCGCCUGACGCAGGAGCAGGCUGACGACCUCAUGGCCUGGAUGAAGAACUCGCUUGGACCCCGUGUGACUAACAUAAAGCUGACGCCUCGUCUGGACACCCACCCGGCCAUGAUCACAGUGCUGGAAAUGGGCGCCGCACGCCACUUCCUCCGCACCCAGCAGCUGGCCCGCACUGCUGAGGAGAGAGCCCAAAUACUGCAGCCCACACUGGAGAUCAAUGCAGGACACGAUCUGAUCAAGAAGUUGUUCGCACUGAAGGACACAAACUCUGAGCUGGCUGGAUUAUUACUGGAGCAGAUCUAUGACAAUGCCAUGAUCGCAGCCGGCUUGAACGAUGAUCCUCGACCGAUGAUUUCCCGCCUCAACGACCUCCUGACCAAAGCUUUAGAGAAGCACUGAGAGCUGCCUGUAGACUGGAGCAUUCGCAGCAGCUCAAUGGUCGAUAAAGCCAGAGAACUAGACUUUGUAAAGAAUACGCCACCUCUUUUCCCCUCUCAAGUCUUUCAUUUCCACCGGUGCAGCAGGCGUGAAGGCUGAAACAGGAACUGCCUGAAGAUUCUCCAUAAAUACUUCAGUGUCUCUACGCUUUGUGUUCUUUGGUCCUGCCAUUAACAGGACAUGAAGGUCAUGGUUGCACCCGUCUGUUGUUACAGUGUGACUUUGCCAUUACGCUCACUCUUAGUGUACUUUCAGUUAAUAGUCAGGCUCAUUGUUAAUCACAUCAUGAAUACUCCAGGCUUCUCAGUGAGCGCUGAACUCAUCUUAAAUAUCUGAUAUUUUUCCAAGUUUGGAUUUAUAAGGAAGCUUUAUUGGUCUUCCUUUUGGAAAUGUGCCACUAAGUUUCCAGAUAAUCUGGUUUUUCAGAAUAACAACCUCGUCUUUGAGGUACAAAUUUUGUGCAGAAAAACGUUCUUUGUCCAGCUCAACAACAAGGAAAUAAAUAAACAAGUAAAUCCUCUGCCAAGGCCAGAUUUUAGCCAACGUGAUCCAAAUCUGCACCGAAAUUCAAAGUGUGGGGAGGUUUUGCCCAUGUUCCACCUCUCAGCACAUUUGAAAUUCAGCCUGGUAGUUUGUAAUCUUUUGCUGUUCUCACUUUUUUUUGCUUGAACCAUUUUUCUUAUGCUCUUGUUUAGUUUUGUGGUGUUAAAAUGUUUCUGAGCAGCUGUUUGCGCUCGUACUCGGAGACUCUGCUGCAUUCAGGAAGCGGUAAACGUCAUUUCGAAUAGUGUGAGGAUUUAUGGAGGCUUGUCAGCAAAUAAACACUGAUUCAACAUAAUGCCAGGUUAAAGAAAUGAAGCUGUAAUCUGGAACUUCUUUAAAAUACAAUUUUACUGCAUUUCAAAGUAACAUCUCUGCUGUGAGAGAGAAAAUAUAAGAUGAACCUCAGUUUUAAGACUUCAUCCUUCUGUGUGCAGUCUGUCUGCACGGCUGUGUGACCGCACAAGUUCAAGUGGUUCUCAGGAGUUUCUCUGUCCACCGUUAUCAGCACUGUCAGUCCAUUUCAACCACAUGUGGGCACUUUGACCCAUCAGAACUCCCGCCCAGGCUUCCUCUUCUUUUGUGAGCCGUCAUCGCAGUCUCACCUCCAGACUGUCCGAGAGCAUCGAAUCCCAGAGGAGCGUCAGGAGAGCUUAUCUAUGUUUUCUAAGAAGCGUUGGGCCCACCAUUCAUCCAAAUCUAUGGGCACAAAGUCUGAGAAGAAAACAGAAAUUAAACCAUUAGAUACAUCUUUGUCCAUGGUGUGGAUGGUUGAGAAUAAAUAUGUCAAAAGGAUGAAAAAUAAAGAAUCACUAAAUAUUA